AUGGCCACAGAAUCCCCGGAAACGAGUAUUUAUCAAGGACCAGCUUUUCCCUUUCCUCCACCAGCGCCAUGCGAAGGAUUUCUGUGCUAUUAUGAAGCUGGAAACAAUUAUUUCACAUCUUCGAUGAUAUGGAAGCUGUUGAUCUCAUUAUCGAUUAUUUUGAUGAUUUUGAUCAUUGUGGCCAGUGUGAUCAUUUGCACAAAUUGUGGUUGCGGGAAGAAGAAAAAGAGGAGAAAUUCCCGUUCAUUCCUUCUCUCUUCCCAAACAACAUCAACUCUUCCUGCAAGUGUGCCUCCAAUAAAGGGUUCCUCAUUACCCCCAAAAGCCGCCCCAGAGGACACUUCUGUU